AAAAGACUGCUCGAAGGGUGAGAUUACUUCCGGUUUCUUACUUUGUUAAUGAAGCAAGAUAACCCGUACAUUUAAGGAAAAUGUCCGAGGAAAGAGGUCUUCAAUGGGCUAUACAAAAUGGUGACAUCAAUUCUGUCAAAGAACAAUUGAGCAAGGGUGCCAGUGUAAACGAAAUUGUAAAGAACAGAGCUCCCCUGCAUUUUGCUGCAGACUAUGGACAGGUGGAGGUUCUAAAAUUAUUACUGGAAAAGGGUGCAGAUGUAAAUGUUAAAGAUAAAUACGAUAUAACUCCAAUAUUGGCAGCAAUAUAUGAGGACCAUGUGGAGUGUGUAAAAAUUCUGUUAGAGAAGGGCGCAUCUCCAGAUGGCAAAACUCUAGAAGGACAAUCAUACGAUGAAGUUGCAUCAGAUUCUGUGAAGAAGUUAUUGAAAGAGUUCAAGUGAAAAUGCUAAAUAAUUUUCAUUGGAAGUGAAACUGUGACAGAUUGAUAGUGCUAUACAAUUCAAUAGAGUCUGGAUGGAAUUUCUUUAGAAUAUUUGAUAGAAUUGAGUUACUUUCACCAGCACCAUAAAGGAUGGUCAUCAUGCAGAGCUUCAGUUGACUUACAAUCAGUUUAUACACGUUUUUUUUUUCAUUUUGUUAUUUAUAUAUACACAUUAUAAUCUUUGAUUGUUAAAUAGUUUUAAUCUAGUUCUAUAAUUGGUGUAACCAUCUAGUUUAAAUAUUGUUGUCAAGAAGCAUUUUUUUUCAUAUAUUUAUUGGAAUUGGCUUAUUUUAUAAAUCUUAGGCUUUACAAACAUGCACAUUCUUUCAACAAGUGAAUGCAUGAAAACCAUUGUUCCUAAUACACACAAAAUGAAUACACUGUGGCAACUCCUUAGUCGGAGAUCAGCUAAUGAAACAGUGUAAGGGAGAUUAUGUCCCAGCUGCUAUGCCGUGUUUGGACACAAGCACAGGCCUGUGGCAACUGAAACUUCUACAGGUCGACUGCAAUUGGCUAAAAUUUGUAUACAUACUUGGUAUCCAAAAAAUAUCUGUUGGUUAAUGCCAAUUCUUAGAUUUUCAAAAGAUCACAGUUUUGAUGCCCACAUGCUGAUAUUCUGCGAAGUUCAAUUUCCUUGUGUAUCUGAAAAAUUUGCUCUCCUGACACUUCAUGGUACAUUCAGCUAUGAACGAAUCACAUUUAACAAAUGAUAAAUCAUAUUAAAACAGAGAAUUAAUUUUUGUGUUUCCAUGUCCUAAAAAUUCAUGUGGUGCAUUUUUUCAAUUCAACAACAGAUUUGUAUUAAAUGGCUAUAGUCCUGUUGAAGUCAAAUGUGUAAUAAGUGCAAAGUCAAAGAAAUGUCAUACUUCGAUGAAAGAAUACAAAAAUAUAUCACUACAGUAUUCAAAGUAUUAUUUGAUUGAUUCUCGGUGCAUAUUUGCUGAGGUCAAUAUUGUGUAUACUGGCAUCAGUGUUUAUCGCACCAGAGCAUAUUCUACUAGGGAUCAGUAUUGUUGGCUUUCAUAUUUAUAUGAAAAUAGCACUUAAUUCAGUUUUACCUACAAAUUUUUUCCUCAAUUGUAAUUUGUGAGAUCUACAAGGUAAGAACUAAAGGGAUAGCUUUUGAUAACAGAAUCGAUAUUCAACAGCAUUUCACGCAAACAAUCCUGGUUGGGUUUUUUUACGUUGUUCAUUUAGACAUCACAAAAGAAUUACAUCAACAAUGGAAAUAAAAAGUUUAUUGAAAAAUAGUCAGAUAUCUACAGCUGGUUACAAUAUGCGUACAGUGCCUACACCUUUAAUAGUUGUAUAAACCACCUAGAGGUUAUUAACUGCAAAUUUUAUUGGAUGUAUAUUGACUAAAUUCCAGUAUUAGCUGUUGCAUGAGAAAGUGGAAUAUACAUUUGUAAUUACUGUAGAAAUGUCUAUUCUGAGAAAAAUAUGAAUUGACAGUUCUAAACCUUGAUGUUAAACGAUAUCUGUAUGGGUAUCUAUGAUAUGAAAAAUUAAAGUGUUUAAUUUUCAGUUCAGUGUGCAGUGCAAUUUUCUUGAUAGAAAAUUUACUUUUACUUACCUAUUCAACAUGUACUGUGUGGAAUUCAAAACUGAAUUGACAUUUGUUUGUUUUGUAUUAAGGUACAUGUAUUAUAUAAAAAAAAAUAACAGAAUUCUGAACCGAUAGUAUCAUUUCAGUUUUUUGGCAUUUAUGGUGUACUGUUCAAUAAUUUAAGAAAAUAAACACCUUUAAUUGUUUUUCCCAAUCCCUAGUGCACAUACAAUGGUGUACAUGUACAUAAUAAAAAUCAGGGUGUAAGCCAAGGGACCAAAUCUACGAUGAUUGAAAAUAUUAUGGAAUCUGAAAUGUAUCAACAAGGAAAGAAAAUUAACAUAAUUGACCAGGAAAUAGUUCUUACCAGGAAUCAAGUGACCUUAUGUACACCUAGAGACCAAGGUUGUAUAAUAAAACUUGGUUUCAAAACUUGACAUUUAAAACCUUUAAAAAUAGUGCAAUGCAGAUUAGAAAGAUGCAAAUCAUAGCAUAAAUUUGAAUCAGAAUUUAAUACUGAAACUAACAAAAUAAAUGAAAUAUAUUGAUUACUUUUCAGUCUUAUUGUAAUAAACGUGCUUAGGGGGUAGGCAGUUUAAAUGCAGAAGAAUGUGUUACUGUAUGCGAGAUGUAACCAGAGUGAUGUAUAUUAUUCUUAAUGAAAAUAUUUAUGUUGGACAAACUUUGGUGCUAUGAUGCAUGUACAGUGGAACUUUGUUUGUCCAGACUUUGAUCAUAUGGAAAUAUUUCUUGGAUGCGUAAACCUAGAAGAUGAAACUUAACAUUCCUUGACACUUAUUCUGAGUGCAAAAAGUAAGAACUGAGUUCCAUAAAGUCCCAUGUAAUAUGCAUAUUACAGAGUAGUCCACAGUAGUGGACAAUAACUAACUAAUGUCUUCUUAAUAAGGUAGGUAGAACAACAAUGCAAAACAUCACAAACAAGACAGUGUCUCCUUAAUAUUACAUAAAAGUUGAAGGUAGCACACCAGUGUUAGGUAAAACAAAAAACUUGCUCUAGCUUGUUGCACAACAGUAAAAAAAAUAUGAGUUUACCAGUGUCUCCCUUAAUUAAUUUAGUUGCAUACUAGUAAGAUAUAAAACAAUCUUAAUGAUGUGUUAUUUAGAUUUCAUUCAACACCUGUAUUACAUUAAGUAAAGCAUCUGUAAGGUUUUGUAAACACUAUAAACUGGUGUGCAGUCUGUAAGAUUUUUAUACACACUAUAAACUGGUGUGCAGUCUGUAAGAUUGUAUACACUAUAAACUGGUGUGCAGUCUGUAAGAUUUUUAUACACUAUAAACUGGUGUGCAGUCUGUAAGAUUGUAUACACUAUAAACUGGGGUGCAGUCCGAAAGAUUUAAUACACACUAAACUGGUGUGCAGGCUGUAAGAUUGUAUACACACUAUAAACUGGUGUGCAGUCUUUAAGAUUUAAUACACACUAUAAACUGGUGUGCAGUCUGUAAGAUUGUAUACACUAUAAACUGGUGUGCAGUCCGAAAGAUUUAAUACACACUAAACUGGUGUGCAGGCUGUAAGAUUUUAUACACUAUAAACUGGUGUGCAGUCUGUAAGAUUUAAUACACACUAUAAACUGAUGUGCAGGCUGUAAGAUUGUAUACACACUAUAAACUGGUGUGCAGGCUGUAAGAUUUAAUACACACUAUAAACUGGUGUGCAGGCUGUAAGAUUGUAUACACACUAUAAACUGGUGUGCAGGCUGUAAGAUUGUAUACACACUAUAAACUGGUGUGCAGGCUGUAAGAUUUAAUACACACUAUAAACUGGUGUGCAGGCUGUAAGAUUUUAUACACACUAUAAACUGGUGUGCAGGCUGUAAGAUUGUAUACACACUAUAAACUGGUGUGCAGGCUGUAAGAUUUAAUACACACUAUAAACUGGUGUGCAGGCUGUAAGAUUUUAUACACACUAUAAUUUGGUGUGCAGGCUGUAAGAUUUUAUACACUAUAAACUGGUGUGCAGGCUGUAAGAUUGUAUACACACUAUAAACUGGUGUGCAGUCUGUUAGGUAUAACCUCUUUUAAAGUAGAUAGCACACCCCAAAGACAUAUCCACUAGUUAAUGUGUGGAUUGGAAAAUCUGUCUACUUUUUACUUUAUAUUUCACCCAAACACAGGGGGUGUGACAUGAACUUUUACAUGUCAUACAAGUAAUAUUGGCAAAAGUUAAUUUACCCUAGGUUUGCUUUUUGGAAACUACAAUGUCUGGACUAACUAAGUACCUCUGUGCAGCCUUGUGUAAUAUAGAGCCUCAAAUUUACAAAUCCUGUAGGAGGAUUCUAGUAGUUAUAACAUCCAUAUAUUUUAUAAGUUAAUUCUCCGUCAUACAUGUACUAGUUUGACUUGAUGCAUUGCUUUUAUUGUUUUGUACCUGGAAGUUAGCUGGCAGCUUCACAGGCAAACAUCAGAAAAUGUCUCUUCGAAGACUUGUAGAUGGAAGUGAAUUGAUCCCUCAUUCUGAACAAGUUCAAGAGAAAUGCAUGUGUGUGGAAUAGUUGAUUGAUGCAAAUGUCUGCUAUAUAUUUUUAGUUAGCUAGUUUCAUCGGGAUGAAAUUGUUUGCUCAAUCUUACUAUCAAUAUCUGAAACAAUAACAGAUGUUUGUAAUAUGUACUUAAGAUGUGAACUGUGACGGUGCAAUUUUGAUAAUUUUUGUUGCAUCCAAGAUUUCUAAUUUGAUUAUGGCCCUUUGUUGAUUUCCACUGUUACAUUAGGUACAACCCAAUUUGACCAACUUUGCAUUGUUUUAUCACAAUAUGCCCAGUAUUGACAUCGAAAGAAAUAAAAUUUGAUGGCUACUUUCUGUAAUUUUUCACGAAAUCUAUGUUACAAUGUAAAUAAUCAUAGUUUCCCCGUUUCAUACAAGAUGGAUGAACCUUGUUCCAUUGCAUUAAUUUAUUUUGCCAAAAUGAUCUAUUUCAAGAAUGUUGGUCAUUUUAAGAAAGGCCGAGCCUUAGGUACCAUAUAUAUAGCUACAACAGCAGAGUGUAGAUGGUUAGUUAGAAGGCUCAAGUUUUCUGCUUCAUACCAUACAUUAGGUUACUUGUCAACUAGCUAUUCCCCAAGGGUUUGUCUCCUCGAGUAAAAGUUAUUGUUCAGAUGAAACACGUACAACGCUUGAUACAUUGUAUUAAAAUGUCAACAUUUACAAUAAAUGUUAUUUAUAAGA